CCACCCCUUCUUCCAUCAAUCUCUCUCUUCCGCCCUCGCCCUGGCUGUCUCUCUGUCACACACACGACAAGGCAACCUCUCUUGUGCUGGCAGCUGGCCUUUAAAACGGAACCUUUGGAAAGCAAAAGUCAGUACCCUUUCCACGGAGCAGAGGAAUUAGCCCCAAUUUGCCUUUCCUUUAUAGCACCUCUCUGAGUCUGACAGCUGUCUCGCUAGCCUAUAUCACUGCCGAGUUCGAUUCCAAGGAGGAGACGUUACGGUUCACUUCAGCUCAUUCAUUGAGAUGGAAUCUCCAAAACUGCUGAGGCUUACCUGUUCCGUCAAGAACUAUGAUUGGGGCUGCAAAGGCGGAGGAUCGCAGGUUGCAAAGCUCGCUGCUUUGAACUGCGGGAACCAAAUCGACCCCGAUUUGCCCUAUGCUGAAUUUUGGAUGGGCACCCAUGAGUCUGGACCCUCGUUUGUGGAACAACCCAAGGGUGAAAAGGGGGUCUCUGAAGAUUCACCGGAAAGAGUGACUCUGAGCUCCUGGAUUUCCAGAAAUCCCAGUGUCCUUGGCGAUAAGGUUGUAGAGAAAUGGGGUUCUGAUCUCCCCUUCCUGUUCAAGGUACUUUCUGUUGCAAAAGCAUUAUCCAUACAGGCUCAUCCAGAUAAGAAAUUGGCCGAGGCAUUGCACAGUGCACGUCCUGAUCUCUAUAAGGACGAUAAUCACAAGCCUGAGAUGGCCUUGGCAAUUACGGAGUACGAGGCCCUCUGCGGAUUUAUUAGCGUGGAGGAACUUAAAGAUGUGCUGCGGAAUGUUCCUGAGAUAGUGGAACUGGUUGGAACUGCAGAGACAGAGCAGUUCUUAAGUUUAAAUGAGAAAGAUGAUGGGAAAGCCAAGUCUACCCUGCAGUCAAUUUUCACCCAGCUCAUAUCAGCUAGCAAGGAGCGAGUGGCUGAGGUGGUAUCAAAGUUGAAAACUCGUUUGGAGUCACAAAGCCAGGUAAGGGGAUUGACUGGCAAAGAACAAUUGGUGCUGCGGUUGGAGAAGCAGUAUCCGGCUGAUAUAGGGGUAAUUUCGGCAUUCUUUUUCAAUUACGUGAAGCUGAAUCCAGGUGAAGCUCUGUAUCUAGGGGCAAAUGAACCCCAUGCGUACUUAUCUGGUGAAUGCAUCGAAUGCAUGGCUACAUCAGACAAUGUUGUACGAGCUGGUCUGACGCCCAAACAUCGGGAUGUCCAAACUCUGUGUUCCAUGCUUACUUACAAGCAGGGCUCGCCUGAAAUCCUUCGAGGGGUUCCCUUGAAUACAUACAUAAAGAGGUACCUUCCCCCUUUUGAUGAGUUUGAGGUCGACUCGUGUAUCCUACCCAAGGAGACAUCGACUGUGUUCCCUGCGGCCUUGGGUCCUUCCAUUUUCUUGUUCACAGUUGGCAAAGGGAAAAUCAGCAUCGGGUCUUCUGCAGAGGGAGUUCCAGUGAAUGAAGGGGACGUCAUUUUUGUACCUGCAAACAUAGAGAUCAGCUUGACGUCUGAGACCGGAUUGCAAGUGUAUAGAGCGGGAGUGAGCAGCAGGUUUUUCAAGCCUUCUUGAAUUAUAUAUCAUAUGCGUAUUUAGGCUUGGGAACGUCUGGGUUCCCGGUUGAGUGAAUAAGUGAAUGGCUUACGUGUGUUGCUACUGGCUGUUGCCUCCACCGGACAUCUUUGUACUUGUAUGUGACAUUUUAGGUUCUUGCAUGUACUAGCAGGAGAUGUUAGAAAAAUCUUAGCGGAAAUAAAUGCAUACGAUGCAAGUUU